UUUUCUAUUCUUGUCUUCGUUGCAGUGGUUGUAGUUGGACACCGACGUUUGGAUUCUGCUUGAUGUAGCUUUCAGUCCAACUCCUGCUGGUGCUCAGGGUCUACUAUCAUCUAGGACUACUCCUGGGACUAAUUUUUUUCAGCUCUUGCCUUAUUUUGUACCAAGUUUCUUUGGUGAUUGGCAAUCCGUGCUGAGGUUUGCAGAGUCCAACCGUCUGUCGCAGCACUACUUCCACGAUGCUCAGGGAGACAGCGUUCAGGCGGUGUCCUGUUGGACCUACAACCCUUCUGAGCUGCAGAAUCAGUCUGUCAUCUGCGCACGAGGUGUAUUCACGCACUGUUGGGCAUGCUGGACACACUGCUAACACGUCCAACAGUUUGAAGCACGCGCCCAGACUGCAGGGACAUGGCUGCCGCGCUAUCGCCGGUGCUCGCUCGCAGUCGCCGGCACCGUUCGCGAGCGGCUCCGCUCGCCAGAAGUUGUCCUGCGCGCCGAGCAAAGCUGCGCCCACGUCCACGGCACGCCACACACUGGCUAACCGCCUGCAGACGGAUUACUCCGACGUGCUCGGCGCGCUGCAUCUGCCUCAGGCGCCGACGGCAUUGCAAAGCUUGCAGCGCUGCACUCAGUCCGUCGCGCUGGCCAGCCACCUCCCGCGACCGUCAUCAAUAGCUACGGCGCAAGACCUACAGAUGCUGGCCGGCAAGCAAGCCGCUAGCAAGGUAUCGCCACGUGUACUCUCCGUGAUUAGCGCUAUCACACUGUCAGGGGCUGUCGCCGGACAGCAGAUUGUGUCGUCGUCGGCAACAUCCAAGUCAGAUGAGCGGCAGCAGCCAUCCAGCCAUCGUCGGCAGUCCGGGACGCCAGGAAAGCAUCCCGUUCUGCAGUCCACGUCACCGCCACCCAGUGUCAGCGUGCCUAUCGUACCACAAUCAGAUUUCCCCGCACGCAAUCACGGGGACCAUCACCUAACGCUCUGUGCACCCAGUCCGGGAGGGGAAGGUCCGCCGCGUCAACCGGAGAAGAAGCAGAAAAAGAAGGAUCCUGCAGUCCUGCGUGUCUCCAAGGCUGAUGCCACGGAGCUUGCAUCAGCACUGGAUCGACUGCAAGCCGAGCUUCCGGAGAUCUUUAGUGACAGUCGCCACUUCUCCAUCUACUCAGAAGAUGUCGUGCUGGAGAAUCAGAUGUACCCGUUCAACUAUCGCACGCAGGGCUUCUCCCUCUACCGUACACAAGCGUCUAUGAUCCAGGCCAAGUGGCGGCUGUUGUGUCGCGAUCUCGAGUUCCACUUGCUCAGUAGCCAGAAGCGACCGGAUGAGAGUUGCGUGGUGGUGCGCUGGAAGAUCGUCGGCUGUCCACGGUGGCUGCCGGGCAAGAUGACAUCGCCGGAGAGAAUGCGCUAUCUGGAUGGCUUGUCCACGUUUGAAGUCAACGGCCUCGGCCAAGUGCACCGGCACAAAGUCACCAAGGUGCGUCGUGAUGGUGAGGUUCAAUUCAUGCGUACUCUCCCAGCUAUGGGUAUCGUGGCACUGGGUCUUGCCGGCCUCAAGAAGGAGCUGUGCGAUAACUUCUGCCGAGUUUUUCGCCGCUGAUGUUUGCCUCCGCUGCAACUGCUGUCGUCAAAGUGCAGAUAGAUGAACUGCUGUACUGCAGCUGCUAUCGCCAAUACAGAGAGAUGAACUGCUAUGCUUCAACUGCUAUCAAUACAGGUAGAUGAACUGCUAUGCUUCAACUGCUAUCAAUACAGGUAGAUGAACUGCUAUGCUUCAACUGCUAUCAAUACAGGUAGACGAACUGCUAUGCUUCAACUGCUAUCAAUACAGGUAGACGAACUGCUAUGCUUCAACUGCUAUCGCCUAUACAGGUAGAUGAACUGCUAUGCUUCAACCCCUAUCGCCAAUGCAGGUGAACGAGCUGUCGUGCCACCACGACUCUAGACCUUUCUGCACACGGUAGGCAAGCUCACGGGGUUUCGCGCACGCUGAUGCUGCCGAGGUCACCUGCCGCACACGUGCUGUGAUAACUGCAGAAGUCCUCGCGGUGCCUGUGUGCGUGUACGUGUGUGUCUGUGUGUGUAUCUGUGUACAUGUGUGUAUGCGUGUGUCUGUGUGUGUGUUUGUGUGUGUGUGCACCGCAAUGCUUUCACCGUGAAUGCUGGUCUGUUGUGCUGCCUUGUGCCACUGCCUGCUGCUGCUGCCCUGCAAAGUGCUGAGUGCACAUGUGUACCUGAAUUAACCUCUUGCUACUCAUAACCUAGCAUUGCUGCUGGUAUGCUGGUAUGCACCUGCAGAAACCGCUCAUACAUGUGCAUGUGCAUUGGCACUGCUCUGGCGCCUCUCACUGCGUACAUGUCCAGUGCUUGUAACGCUAUUGGGACUAGUCUCCAGCGACCGCUCGCAAAGUGACCUGGCUGCGACACUCUCAGUGUUCUGCUCUCACUCUCUCUCUGUGUCUCUCCUCCGUGCCCAUAGUCAUUCUGUUCAUGCUCCUUGCGUCUCCUUUUUCCCUUGCCCCUUGUCUAUCGUAAUCGUCACAACAACCCAAUCAACCCUCUCUCUGUGUCUUGAUUUCUCCUUGCUUGAUUAUUUAUACUCCCGUCUUGUGAAGCUGGUCUUCUUAUUUUCCUUACUUUUUGCCUAUCGUCUUCGUUCUGCACUUUACUACCGGACUUUGCUGUUAUAUCCUACUUCCUACUCUCCUACUACUACGGUACUACAACAUUGCCCUACUUCUUGCUUCCGCGUCACCUAGUAGAUCUAACUGGUCUCUUUUGCGUAUGCCGGUCAUUGGAGUUGUGAACAACGGACGUUUAUGAUUGUUGCGUUUGCAAUGCAAUGCGUUGUGUCCA